CACGACACAACUAGAGAAAGAGAGAGAGAGAGAGCACCGAGCUAGGCCUGUGACCAGAGAGAGAGUCACGACACAACUGAACCAGCAAAUUUGUGAAGUAGUUCUACAAUCUCAAAAUUUUGUUAGUGUUUUCGUGAUUUGUGUCACAUUAUUUAUAUAAAUCGGUAUUUAAAAUGAACAUUCCAAUUCAGCAACCAGGAGCCAUAGGAGUAGGUCAAAUGGCGCAGCAAGUGAACACUCAGUUACCUCAGGCUCAACAGCAGCCGCCACAAACACAACAGCAGCAAGUACAGCAACAACAGCAGCAGCAGCAACAACAGCAACAGACACAGGAGAAAUUAGAUAAUAUUUCCAAAGUAAAAUCUCUAGUAGGGCCCUUAAGAGAAUCCUUAGCUAUAGCUCUCAAAACUGCAGCACAAACGCUGCAUCAGAACAGUUUGGUAGAUGUUGGAUCCAUGAAGGGAAUAGAUCAACCUGAUCAUCGCUUCAAUAAAAAUAUGGAAGAGUUCUACUCAAUUUGUGAUCAGAUAGAACUACAUCUGAAGACCUCUGUGGAGUGCUUGUCUCAGAAUUCCAGUUCAGUUAGAUAUCUACCAUUGUCUGUUCUACCAACGCGCACUGACACUGUCAGUGCCCCGGAAGGAACGGCAUUAACAUAUCCUCAGUUUUUGGUAACUGUACGUACACAAGUAGGAUAUGCUCGUGAACUUCAUGAUACUCUUGUGUCUCAUGCACGUACAUUAGCAUGUGAUACAAAUUAAAUUUUAAUUUUAUGAUAUUGAGAGAAGGAACACUGUUUUUGGCGUUUGAUAAGACAACAGGCUAGAAAAUUAAGUAUAAUAUAUAUAAUUAUCUUCCAAUAAGUAUUGUAAUUUAAUACAUAAAACCAAUAAAAUAUUCAUGUGAGAUGAAUCAUAUAUGUUA